UUGAACGCGCGUGUGCAGUGGGCGGUCCGCGCGUGAAAGAAAACCCCCGCGCGCGCUCCGUCCCACUCAUCGCAGACCCGGGACAUCAGAUCAUCCGUCCGCACACACACACACACCCAGCACGCACUGCUAUCCCCCGUAGCCAGUGUGUGUUUGAUGCGCGGUCGCAGGCCAUGCUGGAGUCCGGCGUGCUGAAGGAGGGCGCGCUGGAGAAGCGCAGUGACGGACUGCUGCAGCUCUGGAAGAAGAAGCGCUGCGUGCUCACGGAGGACGGACUGAUGCUGCACCCGCACAAACACCACCAUCAGCACCAACACCAGCACCCCCAGCAGCAGCACGACACCGGCUGCAAGGUGAAGGAGCUGCACUUCGCCAACAUGAAGACGGUGGACUGUGUUGAGCGCAAGGGGAAGUAUGUGUACUUCACGGUGGUGAUGUCCGAGGGCCGCGAGAUCGACUUCAGGUGCCUGCAGGACGAGGGCUGGAACGCGGAGAUCACGCUGCGGAUGGUGCAGUACAAGAACCGGCAGGCGAUCCUGGCCGUCAAGUCGAGCCGGCAGAAGCAGCAGCAGUUGCUGGUGGUGUCCGCGCAGAAGAUGGUGCGGAGCGCGCAGUAGAAGCCGGGGAGCCUCGCUGGAGACCGGGCUGCAGCUGGAGGACGCGCCGCGGUGUCACCUUGCGCUCCGGGACGCGCACUGACGCUCUUGGAUUGAAACACAUCGCUGCUCUGUUAACAUCAUGCACUGAAUAACAUGAUCCGUUUGAUUUACUAAAAAUAAAAUUAAGGGUAAGUGUUCGCAAACAGUUGAUGUGGGCUAAAUGCGAACAAAGGAGUUAAAUCGAGCAAUGUCCAACUUAAUUCGUUUAAAUUCAGCUCAUAUGAAUUGUUUGAAGCCACUUACCUUAAAAUUGAGUAAAUCCAACGCGUAAUUGAUUUCAGUGUGCGCUCCGGGACGCGCACAGACGCUCUUCAUGCAUUGAAGCACACCGCUGCUCUAUUAACAUCAUGUAUGAGUGGAGAUUUCGGCAGAGGGAGACCGGGGCAAGCUAUCGAGGAUUUCAGGGAAAAGUCCAUUUGCAUGCGUUGUCAUGUGGCCUGGCAUUGGUUAUGCGCGAUGCACUGAAAAAAAAUCAAUGAAUUGGAUUUACUAGUGCUUUUUAAAGGUUAACUUUGUUUAAAUUCAGCCAAUAUAAAUUUGCAAUCAUUUAGUAGAUCCAGUUAAUAAUUUCUGUGUGCUUAAAAGCAUUGAAAAAUGUCUUAAUUUAGGAUUUCUCUUGUUUUUUGUAUGUUCUUAGAGAUUUUUAUAAUGAGUGUGUUCAGUAAGGUCAGAAUAGAAUGGGUUGUGGAGUAUUUUUGACUUCAUGUGGGAGAUCUCAUGUGAUAUCCUUUUAAUAACUGCAAUUUUAAAUGAGAGUUCACCCAAAACUGAAAAUUCUGUCUCAUUUAUUAAUUGUUUUUGACAAAAAAGCUAUAUAUUGACUUAUUUAGUGUUUUUUCUGCUAUGAAUGUCAGCGGUUACAAGUUCUCAACCUGUUCCUCUAAACAUCUUCAUUUUGAUUCAGCAGAAUAAAGAAACUCUGUUUAUAGCCACUUGAGGGAGAGUAAAUGAUGAGUACAUGUUCAUUUAUGGGUGAACUGUGCCUUAAAGAUGGAUAAAUUCUGCAUUUCUUUGCAUCUGUUUUGUUGCACAAUUGUUUUAUCUUUUAAAACUGUAAAUGGAGAAGGUUUACAUGAUGAUAAAGGGGUAUAGGGAAUAUUUUUACUUUGAAAAUGAGUCAUUUUGGGUCAGAGGUGUAUUUCUAUGCACUGCUGUGUUUGGGUUUUGAAGCAUAAUCUAAAAUUAAGCAAAGUCUUGUAAUAUUAUUUUAUUGUAGUUCUUGUUCAGUUAAAACGUAGUGGCAUAUAUUAAGAUAACAUGCAAGUAACAUAUUUUUCACCAAACAGCCACAUUUGGGCAACCUGUCACAUGAUAAUUCCAAUCUGCUGUCCAAAAUUACCUGAAUUUCUACGCUGUUUCUUCAAUUUAUAUAUAUCAUAUCCCCUCCCAUUGUGACAUAACAGAACAUAAUAUAUUAAGAUCACAUGCAAGUAUAUUUUCCAUAGAACAAAACAAACGCCAACUUUGGGCAACCUGUCACGUGAUAAUUUCAAUCCGUUGUCCAAAAUGAGCUCAAUUUAUAUGCUGUUUCUUGAAUUUCUGUAAUUUAUUUUGGUCAAUCUAUUGUUUUUUUUCUCUCCAUUGUGACAUAAUGUAAUAGAAUAUAUUAAAACAGCAUGCAAGUAGCAUAUUACCCCUGAAAAAGUCAACUUUGGGCAACCUGUCACGUGAUAAUUUCAAUCAGUUGUCCAAAAUGAGCUCAAUUUAUAUGCUGUUUCUUUAAUUUAUAUUAUUUAUUAUGGUUAAUCUAUCAUAUCCCCCCCCCCCCCAUUGUGACAUAACAGAACAUAAUAUAUUAAGAUCACAUGCAAGUAGAUUUUCCACAAAACAAAACAAACGCCAUCUUUGGGCAACCUGUCACGUGAUAAUUUCAAUCCGUUGUCCAAAAUGAGCUCAAUUUAUAUGCUGUUUCUUCAAUUUAUGUAAUUUAUUUUGGUCAAUCUAUUGUUUUUUUUUCUCCAUUGUGACAAUGUAACAGAAUAUAUUAAAACAACAUGCAAGUAGCAUAUUACCCCUGAAAAAGUCAACUUUGGGCAACCUGUCAUGUGAUAGUUUCAAUCAGUUGUCCAAAAUGAGCUCAAUUUAUAUGCUGUUUCUUCAAUUUAUAUGAUUUAUUUUGGUCAAUCUAUUGUUUUUUUUCUCUCCAUUGUGACAUAAUGUAACAUAGAAUAUAUUAAAACAGUAUGCAAGUAGCAUAUUUCCCCCGAAAAAGUCAAAUUUGGGCUAUGUCAUGUGAUAAUUUUAAUGUACUGCCCAAAAUGACCUGAAUAUCUAUGCUGUUUGUUCAAUUUAUAUGAUUUAUUUUGGUUAAGCUAUCGUUGUUUUCUCCAUUGUGACAUAAUGUAACAAUAUAUUA